AGCUUACAGAGGAAUGGAAAGCAGAUGAAUAAAAAAUAGCAAAGGGUGCCUGUAUGCAAAGCUAACUAUCAGGGUUUAAGAUCAACUGAGUCUGUUUGGAACGUCGCAAGAAAACCACUGUCCAGCACAUGAGCAACAUUUAGUGCGCUUGAAGCGACUGACACGUGAAAUUGCAUGAUCAAUACUUGGUAGAUCGAACAAUCUAAACGUCUUCAUGUACAACUUCUUUAUAGCUUACGUAAAGUUUUUUCUCAACGUUAUUUAUAUCCCGACAGCAGGCCGCAAAGGUGUGAAAAUGACUGUUCUUAAAUUAAUGGAGAAUGGUGGACAAAGGAGACAAAAUAAAAAGCACUUGACCCCUCCAUCCUUCUGCUUCUUCUCCAUUGGCACUCGUACUUAUGGUUCUCACUACAAAACUCACUCAGAUGCUGGGCAUCGCUCACCCUAUUGUCCAAGGUGGCAUGCAGUGGGUCGGUACCGCUGAAAUGGCUUCAGCUGUCUCCAACGCUGGUGGUCUUGGUCUUUUGACUGGUUUGACCCAGCCUACUCCAGAAGCUUUGCGUAACGAGAUUAGACGAUGCAGAACCAUGACCGACAAGCCUUUCGGUGUCAACCUCACUUUCCUUCCUGCCAUCGUUCCUCCUCCCUAUGCUGAAUAUGUGAAAGUCAUCAUCGAGGAAGGCAUUAAGGUGGUUGAAACUGCUGGAAACAAUCCUGGUGUUCAUAUUAAGGCUUUCAAGGACGCCGGCAUCAUUGUUAUCCACAAGUGCACUGCUAUCCGCCAUGCUCUUUCUGCCCAAAAGCUCGGUGUUGAUGUUGUCUCCGUCGAUGGCUUCGAGUGUGCCGGUCACCCUGGUGAAGACGAUGUAACUGGACUUAUCCUUUUGGCAAAGGCCGCUAAAACCCUCAAAAUCCCCUACAUUGCUUCAGGUGGUUUUGGUGAUGGCCGUGGAUUGGCUGCUGCUUUGGCUCUCGGAGCUGAGGGUGUCAACAUGGGUACUCGUUUCAUGUGCACCCAGGAAAGUCCUAUCCAUGACAAUGUUAAGCAAGCUAUUGUUAAGGCUGAUGAACGUAACACUGCUCUCGUGUUCCGCCCAUUCCGCAACACGUCACGUAUCUUCCGAAACUCGGUAGCUACUGAGGUUGUGUCCAAGGAAAAGAAGCCCAACGUCCAGUUCGAGGAUGUUCGGGAGUUGGUCAGUGGCCAACGAGGACGUCAAGUCUACACUACGGGAGAUCCCGAAUACGGUGUUUGGACUGCUGGUCAAGUCAUUGGCCUUAUUGAUGAUAUCCCAACAUGUGAUGAAUUAUGUUCACGCAUGGUCCGUGAUGCUGAAGAAAUUAUUACUAAACGUCUUGGCAUCAUGGUUCAACCUAGCAAGAGCAAGCUAUAGACCAUGUAUACGUAUUAAGAGGGGAGAGAGUGUAAUUUUUUCAUGUAUAAAAGCAAAUAGCUUGGGCCCCGUACAUUCGGAGCCCAAGACUUGUUUGAAACACCAAAGACAUUCCAUCAUUA